AUGGGGAGGAUGAUCCGGCGGUUCGUGAACAUGGUGGCGGAGAGGGGAAGCAGCGGCAUGUACACGCUGCACCGCCUGGACGUCUGGAAGCAUCUCUUCUACCCGUCAAGGGCGGCGGCUGAAGCAGCGAACAAGACGAACGUCAAGGUACCCAUCCUGCCGUGGCUUCCUGCGCCGGUCAUGCGGUUCGAGUCUUCGCCCACCGCAUUCUGGGAUGCCGGGAGGCUGGAGAUGUUCGCGCUGGUGAGCCCCCGCAGCGGCGACGACAGGAUACUCUGCUGCAACACGGCGGGCCACACCAUGCUCUACCACGCGGACUCCAACUGCAUCCAAGCCAUGCCCGAUCUCAACUGUGGCAAGGGGUUCAUGCCAAUGGCCAUCUCCAUUGCCCGGCCUGGUGCCCUCGAAGAAGACCUCUACGUCAUGAACACCGCCACUAAUCUGGGAGAUGGCAGUUCCUGCUUCGAGGUGCUCAAAUUUGGCAGCCCUGGCAGCGACUUGGGCCCAAUGGGUCUCAGUGGCUGGCGCUGGGACCCUCUCCCACCGCCGCCCAUUGCUGCCAACAUCUGCUCCCACACGGUGGUAGGCGGCGGCAGCACCAUCUGCGUGUCUGCCGUCACAAGCCCAAGCUCUAGCGCUGUCACCUUCUGCUUUGACACAAUGAAGGGUGAAUGGACGCAAGCCGGCGACGGCUGGGUGCUGCCAUUUGAUGGCGCAGCAGAGUAUGUUCCUGACCUCAAGCUGUGGAUGGGCUUCUCCACUGACAGCCAGCAACUGUGUGCUUGGGACCUCUCUGUCAUGGACAAACCACCGACAUUGCAGCAUUCCUGGAUGGAUCUCAAGACACCCGAGGAGUGGUCUGCAUCAAGGCUCAGCCUCCUCAACCUUGGCGGGGGCAGGUUUUGCAUUGCUAAGACCUUCCGAGUUAUGAGCGGCACAUGGGCGGAUUCGGUUGAGGAUAAGUUUGCUGUGCUCACUGGAAUUGAGAUGGUUACCAGUCGCGGCGAUAAUGAUCCAGAAGAAGGGCUCAAGAUGGUCAGGCACAAGUCCAUACGUUACAUGUUCACCAAUGAGAUGAUCCGCUGGGUUCUGUAAAUCAGCAUUUGGUUGGCCUUGUCGUUCUAAACCUUUUGCAUUUCCUUUCUACCAGUAAGAUGCAUUCUGUAAACUUAGCUUGUGAUGAGAGA